AUGAAAUCGAGGAUCGGUAUCCUGCCCUCGUCAAUUUUGGCCAGUCUACAAUCAACUUCGACUUCAUCCACAUGUGACGUUGACAGUGGAGCAAACCCGCUAUCAGUGCUUGUUGAUCGUAUUCCUGUACCACACGAUGAAAAAAUUAGUGCUGAAGAUAUUGCACUUCUUCAUUAUAUCUUGGAAACUGUGCGUCACCAGCAACUAAGCACUCCCCGCAAAUUCUCUAUGUUCCCAAAUCCAGGUCUUAAAUGGAGAUUUAUCAAAAUUGAUCCAGAGAAUAUUUUUCACUUUUUUGGGCAUGAACGUCACACAAAACUCAGAAGUGAGAACAAGCUCGAUUACUUCAUAAGAUGCUUUUUCCGGAUUUUUGACUUUUCUACCUUGCUGAGAAUCGAUGAACAAGUUUCUAUGACAUCGGAACAACCUGAGUUGGCAGACUUCACAAAUAAUGAGAUUGAUCAAUUUUUCCGUCCUGUUACCGUCGACCCUGGUCGUAGAGAUGUUUAUGUCCCAUACUACAGUGGUCAACAAUUUCACAAACUCUCUACAAAAGAAUGUUAUCAUAUCUCUGGAUCUCCUGGAAGGUCUAAAUUAGAGGAUCAACGCAAGCAAAGGGUCGGAGUUAAAGAGCUCGAAACAAACAUACCGACUACAAAAACUGCUAAUGAUAUGGCUAUCGCAAUCAUAUUGGGUAUAAGUGCCAACAUAUGGAUCAGUUCUAUAGCUUCUACGAUUAUAGGACGGCGGAAUCAAAUGGAAAAACUUUCGUGGCUCUCAGGUUGCAAAAGAUACUGCUGUGAACAUCUUGCUGAACGGCUCGAAGAAAGCAACCCACAACAUUUGGACGUGCGUACAGGAAUAUUUGACGAGGGUGAUCGCACAAAAAUGCUUUUGACUGUCUUUGGCUCAGGCUUACGAGGAAAAGAGCAAUUACGAUUUCGCGGUCCUCAACAUGGUGCCUCCAAUGCUAUAUAUAUUCACCUGAAGGUGAAAGAAAAGCAGGGCUAUUUAUGUCUGUUGGAUAUAGAUAAGUUCAGAACUGUAAAAGUUUGUAAUUCAUGUAGACAGGAGGACUUUGGAAACUUAAUUGCCACCGACGGACAGACGAUUCAUGCGAUAUUGAUUUGCAACAAUUGUAAUGUUUAUUGGAAUCGUGACGUCAAUGCGGCGAAGAAUAUGUUUAGCAUUUCUGAAGCCGUCUGA